UACAGGGUUGUAAUGUUGUAACAAACAACAUUGCAGGCCUAAAGCCAGACUUGUUAUGCCAACCAUUUUAUAUUUUUAAUAAUAAUUAACUUUUUAUAUAAAUGUACAAUAAAAAAGAGUUUGAAAAUUUAUUUUCGAGGGAGAAAAUAGUGGAGUAUUUUUUUUAAUUAAAGAAAGUGUUAUAUAUUUACGAAAAUGGAUGGUUUAUGAUAAAAAAAAAAGCUAAAAAAAAGGCAAAAGUUAACUUUGGGGUGUGUUGUCUUUUUUGUUUUUUUUUUUUUUUUUUUUGAAGAGGGAAAAAGAAGGCAUAAUCCUGAAAGAAGAUGAUCUUUCUUGGCUGCUGCAGGGCUGAAAUCCUCGACGAGGAAGGCCGGCGCAGCAGCAACAGCAACAACAGCCUCGUAUCCACCUCGCGCAAAAGCCGAGGGUGGAGGAGGAGGUUUUCUAAGGGUGACACUAUGGACCGCGAUUUAACUAAUAAUGAUGGUAAAAUGUCCAUUGCCACCGUUGUUAAGACCCUUUCCUUAAGACGUACCACCAAAGGCAAGAAGAAACAACAUACAGUUGAGCAGUCUGAGAGAUCAAUCCCAGGUCAAAAGAUAUCAGCAGCUCAAACAUUUACAUUUAGGCAAAUGGCAAACGCUACAAACAACUUCAGCAUUGAUAAUCUCGUUGGUGAAGGUGGAUUUGGGAGGGUUUACAAAGGGUUUCUUCAAGGUGUUGAUAAGAUUGUGGCAGUGAAGCAGCUUGACAGGAAUGGACUGCAAGGAAACAGAGAAUUCUUGUCAGAGGUUUUCAUGUUAAGUCUUGUUGAUCAUCCAAAUUUAGUCAAUUUGAUUGGAUAUUGUGCUGAUGGUGAUCAGAGGAUUUUGGUAUAUGAAUACAUGGCAUUUGGAUCAUUGGAAGAUCAUCUUCUAGAUCUUCCACCCAACACAGAGCCCUUAUCUUGGCACACAAGGAUGAAGAUAGCCGAGGGGGCAGCAAAGGGGCUCGAGUACUUGCACGAAACAAGCAAGCCACCGGUCAUAUACCGCGAUUUCAAAGCAUCAAACAUCUUAUUAGACGAAGAAUUCCACCCAAAACUCUCGGAUUUCGGGCUUGCUCGAAUAGGCCCGACGGGUGAUAAAGAACAUGUCUCGACUAGAGUCAUGGGUACGUAUGGGUAUUGUGCACCCGAGUAUGCAAUGACCGGUAAACUUACCACGAAAUCGGAUGUUUAUAGCUUUGGAGUUGUGUUUCUUGAGCUUAUUUCAGGGAGGAGAGCAGUUGAUACUACUAAACCAACUUCUGAACAAAACCUCAUUUCUUGGGCACAACCACUAUUUAAAGACAGAAAAAUGUUCACCAAAAUGGCAGACCCACUUCUACAAGACAGGUACCCAGUCAAAGGCUUAUACCAAGCCUUAGCCGUAGCAGCAAUGUGCCUACAAGAAGAAGCUAGCACAAGACCACUCAUUAGUGACGUAGUUACUGCCCUAGCAUUCCUUUCCAAACCCGAAGACAACAACGACAAUAUUAAUAUUAUUGAUAGCCCUAGACAUUCUGUCAAUACUGUCAUCAUACAUUCCGUCGAAGAAGACGACGACGACUACGACAACGAGCAACGUUUUUAUAAAUGUAAAAACGGCGAAAAAGAAGAAGAAGAAGAAGAAGAUGAUGAACAACGAUAUGUUUACGUUGUAGAUUUAGAAACCUCGGAAAAAGCUAGCCAUCCCCUUCCUAAGCCGGAUAAUAAUAAUAAUAAUAAUAAUAAAUAAUACUUCGUAAAUAAUUGUGUGUGACGUGAAAUUUGAGGGGUAUAUAUAUAGAUUUUGCCCCCAUGUUUGGGGCAUUACAUUGUAUAUAUAUUUAUGGGAAAACUAGAACUUGUAGAUUGUAGACAAAAAUUUACUUCUACCCUCAAUGAACAUAAAAUGAUAAACCAGAUUAUUCAAAGGACAGUUUAUUAUAUGAACUUUGUUUGUUUGGUAAAUGGUUUUUCUUUGGCGUUGUUUGAGUUUUUUUUGUUUGACCAAUAGCCAAAAAAUACGGUUUUUUCAUGAAAUGCCCCUGAGGUUUGCAAAAACGCACCAAAUACCCUCGCGUCUUUUGAAUCACAUAAUAUACCCCUAUUUUUUCGUACUGUUCAUGAGAUGCACUUGGAGUUAACGGAGGUUAGUCCGCCGUUAGUUACGUUUUACCAUUUUGCCCUUAAUUUGGGUUUGGCACGAUUUACCUAUAAUUGUUUUUCAGAAAUUCAAAAAAAAAAAAUCUCAAUCUUCUUUUCUUUCUCUCUCCUCUCCCCUGUUCUUCCUCCUCCUUGAAUUCUACUGGAACCCUAAAAAAUCUGGGUAGAUCUGCAAGAACCGCAACUUUAGACAUAAACUCACACUUUCUAUCUCCUACUUUUUUUUUGCAAGGGUUAUCUUUGCAGCCAAAAGUCGACAUACACGCACGUUUUUCCGAUGGCUACGCCGCCACCGGAGAUUUCGCCGUUGAUUUUGGCAGAUGACGCAACAGUGGAUGCGCCGCCAGCGCCUCCUUCGGGAACAACAGCCGCCAUACCGCCUGGACCUCCAGCGGUUGUUUCACCGGUGGGCGUGAGUUCUGUUUCGUCGCUGCCGACUUCGGGGAUGUCGAAGGAUACAUCGACUGCUUAAUUCGGUGGUUGGAAUUGGGCUUGGAGGGUUAAUUGUUAUGAUUGCUGUGGGCAUUUUUGUCUUUUUCUAUAAGCGGAGGAAGCGGAAGCAGGCGGAGGAAGAUCAGUUAUUAAUGGCUGCUCUGACUAAAUAAUUAGAAUUAUCUGAUUAGGUAUUUGUUUGUAUUAAUUAUUCAUUAAUUGGUUGCUUGAACUUGUACGUUGAAGGAAUUUGAAUGUGGGCAAAGGGAGUAGUGUGAUCCAGUUUGUUCAUUUUUAGAUCGAUCAUUAACUUUCUCUGGACUGAUUAGUCAUUUUCAUGGUGAAAAUUCAA